AACUGGAACUUGAAAGCAGAGGCUACUACUCUCUCAGCAUUUUGCUUAGAGUGGGUGGCUGGAUAGAGCACGAUCAGUCAUUAUCAAACAUUUACACGCCACAUAAUCACGGGGCCGGAAAACAGCUUUUUCACGGAGAGGUAUGAUUUAAAAGAAUGACGAACAACUCUACGACAGACGUUACUUCAGCUACUAUGACCUACUUUGGCGCGGAACCAAUACUGCAGUUGACUCUCACUAGUUUCAUUGCAUUGGUUGGUAUGUUAGGGAAUAUCCUCACCUGCGUCACACUGAUGAGCAAACACCAACCCUUCAAAUCACCCAUAAAGCAGUAUCUGAUAAGCUUAGCUGUGGCCGAUAUGGGAAUUCUCACUAUAGCCUAUCCCAUGGUAAUCAUCAGAAGUGAGAUUAGCUGGCCGUUUGGUGAGUAUGUUUGCAGAAUCAUUUUUCCUUUGUCAGAUGUAUUUUUUGGCGCGUCAGUAUGGGCAGUAACAGCUGUUUCCAUGGAAAGAUGGCGGAGAAUAUCGGCAACUCAAACUGUACCAACAAUGUCGACAUCGAGAUGUGCAAUGAAAGUCGUUGCAGCCAUUUGGAUUGCGUCGUUUUUGGUAACUUCUACACCAUUUUACAUUAUGAUUGAAUUUAUUGACACUGGAAAUGGAAAAUUGUGUCUCUAUCAUUGGGGUAAAUAUGACAAGUUUCACGAAGUGUACUCCAUCGUGUUAUUUUUGUUCUGGUUUGGAGUUCCAAUGGGUGUAAUUUUGUGGAACUACAUUGUAUUAAGAGGGAAACUCAAAGAAAGCACGACAUUUAUCGUAUACUAUUACAAGUCAGUGGAUAGGGAAUCUACAAGCUCGUUCACAGCUACAUCACGUCAAACCUUUUCAAGCCUCAGCAGCACAAGUAAUGCACCGGUCUGUCGCAGAUUAAAAGAAAACAAGCAAGCCCAACGUGUACUCACUCCUGUGGUCAUUGUGUUUGCAAUUACAAUGCUUCCUUUGAACUUGUUGUAUCUGACUCUGGCCUACUGGCCCAGUUUUGCUCAGAUGCCUUUCUUCCACAGCCUCGCUUAUCUGUGCAUUUUGCUAGUGGUGGUCAAUUCGUCUUGUAAUCCCAUUAUUUACGAGAUGGUGAGCAGGAAUUUCAGAAAUUCUUUGCGGGCCGUUCUUGAGGGGACCUGCAGGAAACCUUCUUUUUCAUCCGAGAGGGUGUCUUUUGAAAGGGAACAGGUGGUUUAGGACUUAACUUAUCAAUACAAGACGACAUGUUUUCGAGAUCAGCCCUACUGUACCCUGUAAAUAUGUUUAAAAAGAAAUUUAACUAAGUAGAUACCAUCAACUAAGAGCGAACUUGGGCAUUUCACGAAAAUGUCAAGAUUCUAAACAGUUUAGAGCAAUUUUGUUUGAGUGUCGGGGUAACUCGCAAUUAGUUUGGUUUUGCUUUCUUUCGCUCUGUGCUUGGGCUUUCACAUGCCUGAUUGCGCCUAGAGAAGAUAAUUUAUACCAACAGAAAAAAAUGUAAUUAUUUUCUCUCGUGCUUACUUGAAGUGGGUAUGUUUGUCAUGACAGUAAUAUAACGAGUUGUCUCAAAGGCGCCAGUACAUUCACCCCUUACAGACGAGAAACUAGUUCUCGACAUUAUGAAAAUUAUCUCGAUCCUGAGAAAGUGAUUUGCUUUAGAACCAAGUAUGUUAUGACGAUAAUUUGUCAAAUUGACAAAGAGUUUUAAUGGAGUUUUGCUAGAGGCGGCGUGGCCGAGUGGUUAGGGUGCUGGACUUGAAUUCCAGUGGCCCGGGUCCAAGUCCUCCACCCUGCCACUCACUGGAUUUGUUCUCGGUUGCCCCUAGUUCAACUCCUCGGCUGCG